CCCCCUUCCCCCGCCAUCACCCGCCUCCCGGCCGCUGCCGCCGCCGCCGCACCGGGUAGGUUUGCAGUCACUAUGGCGGCUGCAGCGGGGAAGGUAAGAAGGGCGGGGAGCGCUGCGGCGCCCGCACGGGCCGGGCCGGGCGACUCUGACGCCGUUUCUUUGGCUUUGCAGGUCGGAGGAAAGUUUUCGGCGUCGGCGGCCGCCUGAGCGAGACCCGGCCCGGUCUCCAGGCCGCAGGAGCGGGCGCCACCCGGAUGCGCAGCCACCUGCGGGGCCCCUGAGCGCCGCCCCGCGCCCGGGAACCGCGGAGGCGGCCUCGCUCCGCGCCCCCCGCCGGCCCCCGGCCCGGGCAGGAGCAGCCGCGUCGCCCCCCCCAAUCUUGGACCACUGGCUCCUCUCCAGGGAUGAGGGCGGCGGGAUGCGGCAGGUCGCGGGGACCAGCUAAGCCACCUGCCCCUUGAAGGCUUCGUUCGCCGUGUGCCUGGACGCUGCGCCGUGCCCUUCCCCGGCUCCUCCUUCACGCCUUUCCUCGCUCCCACAUUGUGGGUGUCCAGUCAGCCUUGUUUACGGAAGGGGGUGGGGGAAAAAUCGAGGGGGAGGUAGCCUGCAUCCAUCCCAAACAGAAGUCUUGGCGUGUGACUCAUCAGCUUGGCUUUAAAGAUCUCCCUUGCUUCGUUCAAAGGAGCGCACUCCUCUUCGGAGGAGCCCCAUGGUUGUUCCUGUCUGCUCCGAAGAGGAUGGAUUGAAAGCUGCGUCUUCUGGGCGUCGCUUGAGGCACUGCUGAUCUUCUUCGUGGACAUGAUGGGGCUUUUUCACUGGAUUAUUGCCAGGAUUAGUUUACACACUGAAACUGUGCGUUGUUAGGCCUCGCUGGGUGCAAGUGAUGUUUGUCUUGCGUUCAUGUAAAGUUUCUGGAGAUUUGGGUUAAAAAUUGUGGAGGGUAGCCUGCAUCAGAAGAGAUUCUCUUCCUCCCUGGUUGUUGUGACAACCGCAAUCUGUCCUCGAUGCCUUCAGCCUUGGCCAUCUUCGCUUGCCGCCCGAACUCUCACCCGUUUCAGGAGCGCCAUGUCUACCUGGACGAGCCCGUCAAAAUUGGCCGCUCAGUGGCCCGCUGUCGGCCAGCUCAGAAUAAUGCUACUUUUGACUGCAAGGUGCUGUCCAGGAACCAUGCACUUGUCUGGUUUGACCACAAGACAGGCAAGUUCUACCUUCAAGACACUAAGAGUAGUAACGGUACCUUUAUAAACAGUCAGAGACUGAGCAGAGGAUCUGAGGAAAGCCCACCAUGUGAGAUCAUGUCUGGUGACAUCAUCCAGUUUGGUGUAGAUGUGACUGAGAACACGCGGAAAGGUAAGGUUACCCAUGGAUGUAUAGUCUCCACAAUUAAACUAUUUCUCCCAGAUGGUAUGGAAGCUCGACUACGAUCAGAUGUUAUCCAUGCUCCGUUACCAAGUCCUGUUGACAAGGUUGCUGCUAACACUCCCAGUAUGUACUCUCAGGAACUGUUUCAGCUUUCACAGUAUCUACAGGAAGCCUUACAUCGGGAACAAAUGUUGGAACAGAAGUUGGCCACCCUUCAGCGACUGCUUGCUGUCACGCAGGAAGCUUCAGAUACUAGUUGGCAGGCUUUAAUAGAUGAAGACAGGCUGCUAUCAAGGCUAGAGGUUAUGGGAAACCAAUUACAAGCUUGUUCAAAAAAUCAAACAGAAGACAGUAUACGAAAGGAACUUAUAGCAUUACAGGAAGACAAACACAAUUAUGAGACAACAGCCAAAGAGUCCCUGAGGCGGGUCCUACAGGAGAAAAUUGAAGUGGUCAGAAAGCUCUCUGAAGUGGAGCGAAGUUUAAGUAACACUGAAGAUGAAUGUACUCACCUGAAAGAAAUGAAUGAGCGGACUCAGGAAGAAUUGAGAGAAUUAGCCAAUAAGUACAAUGGAGCUGUAAAUGAAAUUAAAGACCUCUCUGACAAACUAAAGGUUGCAGAAGGAAAACAAGAAGAAAUCCAGCAGAAGGGCCUGGCUGAGAAAAAAGAAUUGCAACAUAAAAUAGAUGAAAUGGAAGAGAGAGAACAAGAACUUCAGGCAAAAAUAGAAGCUUUGCAAGCUGACAGUGACUUCACCAAUGAACGGCUAACUGCUUUACAAGUACGGUUAGAACAUCUUCAAGAGAAAACUCUUAAAGAACACAACAGUUUAGGCAUACAAGUUGAUGACUUCAUACCUAAAAUUAAUGGGAGCACAGAAAAAGAGCACUUUCUUUCAAAGAGUGGAGGGGACAGCACUUUUAUUCAUCAGUUCAUAGAAUGCCAGAACAAGCUCAUAGACGAGGGACAUCUAACCAAAGUGGAAGAAGCAAAGCUAUUAAAAGAAAACCAAGCAAAAGCAAAAGAAUCUGAUUUGUCAGACACGCUCAGCCCAAGCAAGGAGAAAAGCAGUGACGACACUACAGAUGCCCAGAUGGAUGAACAAGAGCUAAAUGAACCUAUUGCUAAAGUAUCGCUUCUAAAAGAUGACUUGCAGGGUGCACAAUCAGAAACUGAGGCUAAACAAGAAAUUCAGCAUCUGCACAAGGAGCUGAUUGAUGCCCAAGAGCUAGCUAGAACAAGUAAACAAAAAUGUUUUGAACUUCAAGCAUUAUUGGAAGAAGAGAGAAAAGCAUACCGACUGCAGGUUGAGGACUCCAGCAAGCAAAUACAGCUUCUACAAGCUCAGCUACAAAGGUUACAGGAGGAUAUUGACCAUCUUCGUGAAGAAAAAGAGAAUGAAAUUUCAAGCACUCGGAAUGAAUUGCUCAGUGCUCAGGAUGAAAUCUUGCUUCUCCAGCAAGUGGCAGAAAAGGCUGCAUCGGAACGAGACAUUGAUAUUGCUACCUUGCAAGAAGAGCUGAAGAAGGUGCGGGGUGAGCUUGAGCGAUGGCGGAAAGAAGCCUCCGAAUAUGAAAAAGAAAUUGUCAGUUUGCAAGCCAGCUUUCAACUCCGAUGUCAACAGUGUGAGGUUCAGCAAAAAGAGGAAGUUAAUCGUUUACAGGGUGAACUUGAAAAGUUGAGAAAGGAGUGGAAUGCUCUAGAAUCUGAAUGCCUUACUCUAAAGAAAGAGAAUACUUUGCUUGCAUCUGAGCUUCAGCGACAAGAGAAGGAGCUACACAGCUCUCAGAAACAGAGUUUAGCGCUAACCGGUGAUCUAAGUGUUCUUGAAAUGACUCGCAAAGAACUUGAAAAUCAAAUGGGAACUUUAAGGGAACAGCAUCAACGGGAUGCAGCGAGUCUAAAAUCUCUACUCACUGAGGCUGAGAAUCAAGCAAAGGAUGUACAGAAAGAGUAUGAAAAGACACAGGCUGUACUCUCAGAGCUGAAGUUGAAGCUUGAGAUGACUGAGCAGGAAAAGCAAUCAAUCACAGAUGAGCUCAAACAGUGUAAAGAAAACCUGAAGCUGCUACAAGAAAAAGGAAACAAUAGACAAUGGCCUUGGAUGCCUGUGAUGGCAGCUUUGGUUGCUGUAACAGCCGUGGUGCUGUACCCAGGCCUAACCAGAGCUUCUCCAUGAGAACUGUUGUUGAAUCCAUACACCGUCCUCCCUUUUAGAAGCUGGCAUCACUCACAUACUGGGGGAAAACAGAUUAAUUCUCUUCCUUUUUACCUCUUAAUAUAAUGCAGCUCUGCGUGAGAACAGCAGUAGGGUCAUUUGCUUUAAACUGUAUAAAAUGUAUCUGUCUAUAAAGAGGGAAUAAAAUUGUGACUUCAUUCUACUGUGAGCAAUACUUUUGCUUACAAUUUCAUGUAAUUUUUAAAUUGGUAUGUUGGGAUUCUAAAUACUAUAAUGGUGGCCUAAAAUAGGCUUCUUGGUACCAAAUUAUUUAUAAUGGUUAGGUUUGUGGAUAUUUUGCUUUAGAAUCUGAUUGCCAGGUUUAAAAGAUAAACUUGCUUUUCUGAUUUGGAUACCCAUGCCAAAUAACCGUGUAGCUACUUGGAACACAUGUGGUUUGCUCAGUGCCUUUCAGUUUGGGGGUUUUUUUUUACAUUAAUAUAUACCAUUUGACUUGCUGUCAGUCACUGAGCUAUUGGGAACAAGAUAAUGUCUCUUUCCAGGCCUUUUGAAGGAAGCAAAUAAUUUUCUUUGGUGAGGAUUUUGUUUUAUUAAUGAUUUUGGAGAAUACAUACAGUUCAUGUCCAGCCUUAAAGAGAUAAGAUAGAGAAGACAUUGAUGGCAAACACCAGCCUAGAAUAUUUUGUGUGCGCGUGUGUGAGUGCAAGCAUGUGUGUGUUCUUGAGUGAACUAAAAGGUAUUUCUGGGAGCAAAUACUGGGUCAUUUGAUGGACAUAGUGCAGUGAUUCAACUUAUGUUAACUUUAGUUUGAAUGUAAUUUAUUAAAUUUCAUAUAUUUAAAGAGACAUUCUUUAAAUGUAUGAGUACUUUCUCACAUAUCACAUUUUAUCCAUUUAUUUUUUUCAAUCAUUUAAUACUUUCAAAAUUGAGCUGGAGAAGUAAUAUUUGUCUCUUUAGAUAAGCUUUUAUUGACAUAAUUUCAUUAAGAAAACUGCAAGAGUGCAUAUAUGAUUAACUGAGAAAAAAGAUUCCAUGGUGGACAAAGUAAUUGCAAAGCUGGAAUCAGUUAACUGGUCGAGUAUGCAUCAGUUGAUGAGAUUAGUUUAAUUUUGGUAAUUAGAAACUUUGCAUCAACAUGGCCUUAAAGUACAAUACAGUGGUCCCCAUUAAAACGUGUAUUUUCCUAGUCUAAGAGUUAACUGUUGUUAAUUAUUGACUUUAAUGAGAACCACUGUAACUGAGCACUGAAUUUAAAUGUUGGCUACAAGUUGUCUUGCGCAACACAGCAGUUCUAACAAAAAUGUUUAUUAAGGACUUGUACAGUAUGCUAAAAUGGAUUGCAAAGGAAAAUGGUUUGGUUAAGGGAAACUUCAAAAUAGGAAGAUUAUCUCAAAGAUUUAUUUGGCUUUAAAAGAUUAAUGGCAAUCAACAGAUCUAGUUAAAUAUUUAAAUAGAAAUUUAGUAUAUAAUUUGCCUUUGUGAGGUUUUGAGGGUCAUUGUCUGUCCUUUUAAUUAAAGGUCCUAUCUUAAGCUACUUGGGAUUUGCUAAUGGGAGGAUCAUUAGAUUUUUGGAAAAAAUAGUCCACAAGUGACUCUUAGAAAGUGUUAUUAUCAUCUAGUUUGUUUCUUUCAUCAUUUUCAGUUGCAGGAAGCCACCCCACCACAAAACACUUGUUUGCCAGUGGUACUCAGUACCUCUUGUAUAUAGGUUAUUGCAAAUAUUGUUCUGAAAUGCUUAACUUCAGAAUUACAUUUUUUAAAGUAAAUAAUUGUUUUAAAUCUAUUUUGUAAAGAUAUAAAAAGUACAAUAGAAUUUCUGGAGUACAGAUUAAACUAUUUGCACUAACACACGUGAUGUGCAUGAUUUAAUAAAAUAACUUUACUCUCCCUGUG